GGGUGCAAAAGCUGUGUCAGACUGCGGGGCAGCCAUGGCGUCCUAUUUCGAUGAACACGAUUGCGAGCCUUUGGACCCCCAGCAGGAGACCCGAACCAACAUGCUGCUGGAGCUCGCAAGGAACAGCAAGCACGGAAGCCCACACUGCCGACGUGGAAUCUGGCUCUACCAGGUCACUUUUCAAUAGGAUGGACUUUGAAGACUUGGGGUUGGUAGUAGAUUGGGAUCACCACCUGCCUCCACCAGCUGCCAAGACUGUGGUUGAGAACCUCCCCAGGACAGUCAUCAGGGGUUCUCAGGCUGAGAUCAAGUGCCCCGUGUGUCUUUUGGAAUUUGAGGAGGAGGAGACCGUCAUUGAGAUGCCUUGCCAUCACCUAUUCCAUUCCAGUUGCAUUCUGCCCUGGCUAAGCAAGACAAAUUCCUGCCCCUUGUGCCGCCAUGAGCUGCCCACCGAUGACGAUACUUAUGAGGAGCACAGACGAGAUAAGGCUCGAAAGCAGCAGCAGCAGCACCGACUGGAGAACCUCCAUGGAGCCAUGUACACGUGAGGCAGCUGGGGCUGAGUGCUGGCCCUCUACAAUGUCUUCCUCUUGCACUCUGAAUCCUCAUUAAAGGUUUCUUUACCCAC